UGAUAUGGGAUGGUGUCACUGCUGGAUUUGGCCCCUUUCCACAAAGGAGCUCCAGCUGCUGCUCACUUGGCAGCUCUGCCGUGGCAUGUGCUGGUGCCACCAGUGCCAGUAGCGUGACGGGGUCUCGUGUUCCCCUCGAGCUUUAAUUGAUGCUUGUGCCCAAAAUGGUGUGGGAGAUGUUUUUUGGGGGUCCCUGGGGGGCGGAGGUCGCAGCCAGGCGUUGGGUGAGGUGCUGUGGGUGCCGUCCCGGUGCGGUGAACACCAAACCACCGACGGCGUGAGCCCAUCCCCGGGGGAGCACACCCAUCCCACGGCAGGGACACCCUCUGUGUCCUCCCACAGGACAUCCCCACCUCCACACCACCGCUCAGGGCUGCGAAACUACCCCCCCAACCCCCAAACCUCCAAAAUGGGUGGGAACCCCCCCAAAAAAGGGCUGUGAGCAUCCCCCAAAGCCACUGCUGGCACCGCAGCCCCGCCGCGCUCUUCCGGAGCUGGGAGGGACUCGGUGACAGCAACACCCGGCUGGCUGCUCCUUUUCGGAAGAAGAAGCUGUUUUUGAGGGUGUUUUCAUUAAAAAGAAGAAGGGGUGUGUGUGUGUGAGGCGGGGGGGAAGCCAAACCCUGAGCCGGGCUGGAAACUUGAGCGACAGGAAGGAAGCGAAGUGGGUUAUUUCAGGCUCGCGUUCGCUCCUCGGGGCAAGACUUGGCCUCUUCCGCGCGCCCACAGCAGCCCCUCGGCGAACAAUGGGGUCGCAGGGCCCUUCCCGGCAGGAAAGCGGCUCGUUCCGGUGAAAUCUCCCCGCUGGUGCUGAGUCAGCAGGUCCCGGCGUGGUGCAGGGGGUGCCCGGUGAACCGUCCCGGUGCCGAGCGGGAGCCAGCGGGAGGGAUGGACACCUUCAGCACCAAGAACCUGGCCCUGCAGGCCCAGAAGAAGCUCCUGAGCAAGAUGGCCACCAAAACCAUCGCCAACGUCUUCAUCGACGACACCAGCAGCGAGAUCCUGGACGAGCUGUACCGGGCCACCAAGGAGUACACCCACAACCGCAAGGAGGCCCAGAAGAUCAUCAAGAACCUCAUCAAGAUCGUGAUGAAGCUGGGCGUGCUGUACCGCAACGGGCAGUUCAGCCCCGAGGAGCUGCUGGUGAUGGAGCGGUUCCGCAAGAAGGUUCACACCCUGGCCAUGACGGCCGUCAGCUUCCACCAGAUAGACUUCACCUUCGACCGCAGGGUCAUGUCGGGGGUGCUGCUGGAGUGCCGGGACCUGCUGCACCAGGCCGUCAACGGGCACCUGACGGCCAAGUCCCACUCCCGCAUCAACCACGUCUUCAACCACUUUGCGGACUACGAGUUCCUGUCGGCGCUCUACGGGCCCUCUGAGCCCUACCGCACCCACCUGCAGAGGAUCUGCGAGGGGGUCAACAAGAUGCUGGAGGAGGACAACAUCUGAAGGGGCUCUGCCCUCCUGGGAGGCUGCAGUUGGGCUGUUUGCCCGCCCUGGCGUUCCCCUCCUCCUCUGCAGUGCUCACUCGUUUGCUCCUCGUUCCUGCGCAAGGCUGAACAUCUUGACUUUGCCCACCCCUUGCCCAGGGGCUGCAGAGCCCUCCCUGUGCUGGGCUGAGCCUUCUCCAGGGCAUCCUGGGGGUUUGGGCUCUCCUGCUGUACAGUUUGAUUUCUUUUGCCCACCAAGUGUCCUUAGCUCAGAGUCCAAAGACUCUCAGCCUUGAACUCUGUCAGAACCCUCUGGAGGGGGGAAAACCAAACCAAAGCAAAGCCUGGUGGGGUGGAACCCUUCUGAAAGGUGUGUCCGAGCAGGUGGGACGUUGCUGGUUGUGAGACCCCUGUUCCUGCAGGGUUGUGGAGCUCCAUGGGUUUCUUUCAGCAGCUCCAUAACACCAAAUUGUGGUCCAGGCUUGUGCUGCCCAGGAUGGGAAGGUGUGGGCUUUGCUCCCUCCUCAAAGACAAGUCCCUGAGAGCAGGAGGAUCCCACCUUACCUGGACCAGGGAGCUGCUCCUUCCCUGCAUCCAAGGUACCAUCCAACCCCCAUCUCCCCACCAGCCUCCGGUGAUGGUACCACUGUCACGGCUCUGACGCCAUCCUCGGUGGUUCUCCAAAGUUCUCCGUGGGAUUUUAGCCAUUUUCCACGUUGUCUGAGUGAUGGGGGUUCUUUUUUAGCAGACUCUGUAGCCCUGACGAGUUAUUUAAAUAAACUCACCGUUUGGCCUGGGA